GAUCUCAUGGAUUGACAAAUUACUCCAACUAAAACCCACGUGUCUGUGGUUUUAUUAUCCACUCUUUUUGCAAACCAACAAAAAGUCUUUCAUCUUUCACUCUUCAAACACCAAUUACAAGUCUCUCUCUCUCUCUCUCUCUCUCUCUCUCUCUCUCUCUCUCUCUCUCUCUCUCUCUCUCUCUCUCUCUCCAUGUUAACUCAAGCAUGGCUAAUCAGGGCAGCUGCAAUAUUCUGUGGAAUCCAGCUAAUACUAUGUUUAAUCAAGGUUGAGUCCCUCUCUGAAUCUGACAGAAUCCAGAUAUUGCCAGGUCAACCACAGGUCAGUUUCCAGCAAUUUGGAGGGUAUAUUACUGUUGAUGAAAAGCAAGACAGAGCUCUGUUCUACUACUUUGUUGAAGCAGAGACCGACCCUGCUUCCAAGCCUCUUGUUCUUUGGUUAAAUGGAGGACCUGGUUGUUCAUCUCUUGGAGCUGGAGCUUUCUGUGAGCAUGGGCCUUUUAAACCAAGUGGCCAGAUUUUGGUCAAAAAUGAUUAUAGCUGGAAUAAAGAAGCAAACAUGUUAUACUUGGAGUCACCUGCUGGAGUUGGGUUUUCUUAUUCAGCUAAUAAUUCCUAUUAUACAGGAGUGGAUGACGACAUGACAGCACGAGACAAUCUUGUUUUCCUCGAGAAUUGGUUCAACAAAUUCCCAGAAUACAAGAACAGAGACUUCUUCAUCACAGGGGAGAGCUACGGAGGACACUAUGUUCCACAACUUGCACAACAGAUUAUCCAAUCCAAACUUCAGUUCAAUCUCAAGGGAAUAGCUAUAGGGAAUCCACUUCUGGAAUUCAACACUGAUUUCAAUUCAACUGGGGAAUACUACUGGUCUCAUGGAUUGAUAUCUGAUGAUACAUAUCAACUCUUCAAUGAUGUAUGCAACUAUUCCCAGAUUAGAAGACAAGCCCAGAAUGACGCUCUUACCCCUGUUUGUUCUGGAGUAUUUAAUCAGGCUUCGGGAGAGAUCAGUAAAUUCAUCGACGGAUACGAUGUCACUCUAGAUGUCUGCUUAUCAACCGUUGAUUCACAAGCCCGGGUUCUUAGUCAACUACAAGGGACAGAGAAGGUAGACGUGUGUGUAGGAGACGAAACGUUUAGUUACUUGAACCGCCAAGAUGUGCAGAAGGCCUUUCACGCCCGGCUUGUUGGAAUCACCGAAUGGAGUGUUUGCAGCGAUGUUCUCCAUUACGAUAUGCAAAACCUAGAGACACCGACGGUUCCGGUUCUCGGUUCACUCGUCAAGUCGGGCAUUCGGGUCUUAGUUUAUAGCGGAGAUCAAGAUUCAGUUAUUCCGCUAACGGGAACACGGAGACUGGUGAAUGGAUUGGCAAGGGAGUUGGGUUUGAACACAACCGUUCCAUACAGAGUUUGGUUCGAGGGGAGCCAGGUUGCUGGAUGGACACAGGUAUAUGGAGAUAUCCUGUCUUUUGCCACCAUUAGAGGAGCAUCUCAUGAAGCUCCAUUUUCACAGCCUGAGAGAUCCCUUGUUCUGUUUAACACAUUUCUGGGUGGAAAACCUCUACCAGAGGGAGUUUCAUCUGCUGAGAGCAUUCACAAAUAACUCUAAUUUAAACCCACAUGUCUGUGAUUUUAUUAUCUACUCUUUUAUAGGGUAAAGCCAAAACUUCUGUUACUGUAAUGCAAAAGCAGGCACUGUUUUCUUA